UGCUCCAGCCGCGCUCCCCGUCCUGCAGCCCUACGCUGCCUCUCCUCCUGCGCCCCUGACCCUGCACAGAUCACAGCCAUGAAGAGGCAGAACGUGCGGACACUCGCCCUCAUCGGCUGCACUUUUUUCUACCUGAUCGUGGGCGCCGUUAUCUUUAAAGCUCUGGAGUCCGGUGAGGAGACAAUCCAGAAGGAAAUGCUGGACAUGAAGAAGAUUAACCUGCUCGACAGAUUGAACCUCUCCAAAGAGGGCUUUGACGAGCUGGAGGAGGUUGUUCUGGAACUGAAACCGCACAAAGCUGGCGUGCAAUGGAAAUUCGCAGGUUCCUUUUACUUCGCCAUCACGGUGAUAACGACCAUAGGAUAUGGCCAUGCAGCCCCCAGCACAGAUACGGGGAAGGUAUUUUGCAUGCUCUACGCCCUCCUAGGCAUCCCCCUCACUUUGGUCAUGUUCCAGAGUGUUGGUGAGCGGAUCAACACCUUUGUCAGAUACCUGCUCCACCGCCUAAAGAAGUGCCUUGGAAUGAGGCACACUGAAGUCUCCAUGGUCAACAUGGUGACCAUUGGUUUCAUAUCCUGCAUGAGUACACUAUGUGUGGGGGCGAUGGCCUUCACCCACUUUGAGGAGUGGAGCUUUUUGCAUGCGUUCUAUUACUGCUUCAUCACCCUAACCACCAUUGGGUUUGGGGACUAUGUGGCAUUACAGAAUAAGCAAGCCCUGCAAAAUAAGCCAGAGUAUGUGGCCUUCAGCUUUAUCUACAUCCUGACAGGCCUGGCGGUGAUCGGAGCCUUCCUCAACUUAGCCGUGCUGAGAUUCAUGACAAUGAAUGCCGAGGAUGAGAAAAGGGACGCUGAGCAGCGGGCUCUUCUUGCCCAUAAUGGUCAGGUGGGUGGUCACAUCAACUGCUUUGUAGAUCCGGCCUCUCCGUCUUCAACGCCACCUAUGUGUGGUGGUGGAAGUGCCGUCGGAGGGAGCAGCGGAGGGACUGCCAGCCGUGGUUUACGCAACGUUUAUGCCGAAGUACUCCACUUCCAAUCAAUGUGCUCCUGUCUUUGGUAUAAGAGCAGAGAGAAGCUCCAGUACUCCAUUCCAAUGAUCAUCCCACGUGACCUGUCCACAUCAGACACCUACAUGGAGCAGGGAGAGGCUUUUUCCAACCCUCUUCACUCUAAUGGCUGCAUGUGCGGCUUGCAGCAUCACUCAGGCAUCAGCUCUGUAUCUACAGGUUUACACAGCAUUAAUACCUACAGAAGACUGAAUAAACGCAGAAGCUCUAUCUGAACAUUAGGACAACUAUGUUUUACAAUCUAUUUCUUUGUGGCACUAUGUGAGGUAGUACAACAACAAUUGUAAGGACAUGAAGGGAACACAACCCUAGUGUUGAAGAGAUUGAAUUUUAAUAAGCUGGGCUUUGUUUUAGAAUUGAAAAAUCUGGUGAUUUGGACUCCAGAUAUGGUACUUCCAUUUGCAGAGCACAUACAGUUUAGUAUCAAGAUUCACUUUGGAGCCUCAGAAAAAUGCAAGUUGUCAUUUCAAUAGUAUUUACUAGACACCCUCUAAAACUGUUGGGCCACUGCAAUAUCUUCACUCUGAAAUGAGCAAUGUCUAAUUGUCAAAAAUGUUGAUAUGUAAGGCCUAAUCUAAACAAGAAGGAAAGCACUGUGAGACAUUUCUUCAAAGGAGAAUCUGAAGUUUGUCUAAGCCUAUUUUCUUUUUUCUUUAGUUUUUUUGGGUAAGAACCUCAUUUGAUGAGUAAAAAUAAGAUGUAUGUAUACUAUUAUGACACUUACACAAAAAAGUUUUUUUCUUUUUUUUCUGUGUGUACAUUUCCAAAGGUUAAGUUAAAGCCAAAUCUCAGUUCUCCUUCAUGAGAAAAGGUUACAUGGAAUCAUUUAGCUCACAAGUUUAGCAUUACUGUCCUGUAAGGCUGAUUUAUACUCAGAAACAAGGUCCUCUGCAUGUGUUUCGCAGUAAACGGGAAUGUGCCCCCGCCCCUUCUGCAGACAUUCUGAUGCACCUCUCCAAAAUUGUAGGUAACCGCAGACAGGAGGCCUCUGAUUGGUUAAAUCUACAUCUGCUCUACACUAUGUGUAUUUCCUGUUUUGUACCUUACCUGUAUUGUUUGUAUGACCAACAUUGUAAAAAAUGAGUCUUGAAAUUAGACCAGCUAGAAGAGCGAGGUGCGCGAGAAC